CUCGUCUCUUUAUUCCAAACACUUUCUCUUUUUCUUCGUAUGAUUGUACGAAGUUCUUUUUCAUUCUGAGAUUUCAUUGGAGCUCUGCUACGUAAAAGUUUUCUGUCAUUUUCCUCACUCUGCUUUAGGAAUGCAGCAGCAGUGACUUAUUUGCAUAUAAAAGAACAGACCUGGAAAAGUUUCUUAGCUAAUAAACCCCAGAAGAAGAAAGACAAGGGAAUUAAGAUGGAAACUACUACAAGGAAGAAAAAAGAGAAAACAGUUCCAGGGUUGGUAGAUUUGGUGUUUUCUUGGUCUUUAAAGGACGUGCUGAACAGAGAUCUUUACAGAAACAAGGUUAAAGAAAUUCCAGAAACAUUCUUGUCAACUGAUCAUUACAUGAAGUCAUUCAUUACUCCCCUUGUUGAAGAAACACAUGCUGAUUUGCUCUCAAACAUGUUCACAGUUUCGCGAGCCCCGGCUCUUGAGGUUCUUGAUGUAAAAAUAUCAAAAGAUUUUAAGCCUCCCAAAGGCUUAUAUUACAAUAUUUUGUUGAAAAGAGCUACAGAGGGAGAGAACAACGAGUCGAAAACUGAAUCAAAAUAUGAACCUGAAGUUGGUGAUCUUAUUGCACUAACAGAUGUAAAACCAAAAAGAAUUGAGGAUUUGAACAGGCCUAAGAGAUCUUAUCUCAUUGCCAUAGUUCAAGGUAUGAAAGACGAAGGUUCGGAUAGGGUACCUAUCCUCUCUUCGCAGCCUAUUUCGUUUAAGAAACCAGACAGGGCAAAGGGUGAACAAGGAGACAAGCUUUUUAUUGUGUAUCUUUCUAAUUUGACAACAAAUAUUCGAAUAUGGAAUGCUUUGAAUUCAGACAAAGAAAAUGCAAACCUGAAGAUCAUUAAAACUGUGCUGACAAGUGAUCCAAAUAUUGGUGAAGUAGACUGCUCCCUUUGUUCCUUUAUAGAAACUAAAACUAAAAAUUCAAGGGCCAUUAUUCAGCCCUUUGGGCUAGAUAAUGCUCAACAAAAGGCUGUUAUAAGUUGUGUUGAAACAAGAGAAUGUGAUCACAGGAACACGGUUAAGUUAAUUUGGGGUCCUCCGGGAACUGGAAAGACUAAAACAGUUGCCUGCUUACUCUAUGUUCUGUUAAAAAUGAGAUGCAGAACUCUGACCUGUGCUCCUACGAACAUUGCUGUUUUGGGAGUUACAAAGAGGCUGAUGCAACACGUACAGGACGGUCAGGAGUAUGAUACAUAUGGUUUAGGAAACAUAGUUUUAUUUGGUAAUGGGGAAAGAAUGAAGAUCGAUGAUCAUGAAGAUCUGUUUGAUGUGUUUCUUAAUAACCGUGUUGAUGCUCUUGUUAGCUGUUUGUCUCCGAAUAAUGGGUGGAAAGUUGGUAUACAAUCCAUGAUAUGUUUGCUCGAGGAUCCUGAAGAGCAAUACCGUAAGUACUUAGAAAAACAAAAAGAUAAGGAACAUGACACUGAUGAUAAUCAAGACACAGAUGAUGAGGAAGAGGAAGAAAAAGGAAGCAGUACUAGUGAAGAAUCUAGUUUGAGUGAAAAAGAUCGCAAAAUCAAUGAUCAAGGAGUAGACAAAAAUAGGAAGAGUAAGUUGUGGAAGAAAUUUGUCCUUGAAACAUUAAAAGAGAACAAGAAGAAUGAUAAACAAAGUUCUCAAAGGAGGAACAACUCGAGAGCCGCUGGCGAGGCGAACAAGGUCAAGAAUGAAGGGGAGGCAAGCAACAAAGAAACCAGUGUUUGGACAUUUGAGGAGUUUGUUAUCAAAAGAUUCAAAUGGAUACAGAACCAAUUAAUAUUUUGUCUGACGAGCUUGUAUACACAUCUACCUACUUCUUUCAUUUCGCUAGAAGUAGCUAAGGAAAUGAUCAGAGUACUUAAGAUGCUUCAAACUCUUGGAACAUUGUUUGCUGCUGUGGAAACAUCAGAAGGGUUAAGAGAUAUUUCACACAGAACUGUAUCAAGGAGUAAGGCGAGACGUUUUGCAAAUUUGUAUGCAACCAAAAUGGAAUGCCUUAAAGUAUUGAAAUUUCUUAGUGAGAGUAUCUCUCUUCCAAAUUUAAUCGAUGACUACCAAAUUCGAAGUUUUUGUCUAAAAGGUGCGUGCUUGAUUUUCUGCACUGCUUCUAGCUCAUCGAAAUUGCACACAGAAGGAAUGACACCACUUGAGAUGGUGGUAAUUGAUGAAGCUGCUCAGCUGAAAGAAUGUGAAUCCACUAUUCCUUUACAACUCCCAGGUCUGCGCCAUGCUAUACUCGUCGGAGAUGAGAAACAAUUGCCUGCUAUGGUUCAGAGCAAGAUCUGUGAGAAGGCUGAAUUCGGCAGGAGCUUAUUUAAGAGGCUGGUAAUCUUAGGACACGAGAAGCACCUUCUCAAUGUUCAAUAUAGGAUGCAUCCAAAAAUAAGACUCUUCCCAAAUAGAGAGUUUUAUCAGAAGAAAAUUAUGGAUGGUCCUAAUGUGAAAGCAGCAGUAUAUGACAAGAGAUUUCUUGAAGGAGAUAUUUUUGGCUCCUAUUCAUUUAUUAAUGUAAGUAGCGGAAAUGAGGAGAUUGAUGACAAGCACAGCACGAAAAAUAUGGCAGAAGCUUUCGUUGUAGCUGAGAUAGUUGUCAACCUUCAUAAAGAAUCUGUCUCUUCGAAACAAAAGGUCCGUGUUGGCUGCAUAUCUCCUUACAAGGCUCAAGUGUUUGCUAUUCAACAAAUUCUUGGCAAGAAAUAUAGCACAGAUGUUAAAAGUGACUUCUCAGUGAAUGUUCGUUCUGUUGAUGGUUUUCAAGGGGGUGAAGAAGAUGUUAUAAUUAUCUCCACUGUUCGUUGUAAUGGAAGAGGAUCUGUUGGUUUCCUUUCUAAUCUUCAGAGAGCAAAUGUAGCACUGACUCGAGCAAGGUACUGUCUUUGGAUAUUGGGGAACGGCGCAACUUUGGUUAACAGUGGCUCCAUCUGGAGAAACUUAGUCAUUGACGCCAAGGCUAGACGUUGUUACUUUGAUGUUACUGACGACAAAAGAUUGAAUCAAGCAAUUUCAAAUGCAACCAUUGAGCUUGACCAAUUAGAAACAUUACUUAGAACGGAUUCCCCUGUAUUCGAAGCGGCCAAGUGGAAGGUUUUGUUUAGUGAAGAUUUCUCAAAAUCCAUGGCCAGAAUUAAGGAUGUGGAGAUUAGUAAAGAGGUGAUUUCCCUUUUGGUGAAGCUUUCAAAUGGCUGGCGUAAAUCAGAAAACAACAGAAUUCUCAGCAACAAGGGUGGGAAAUCUUCAGAACUGUUGGAGGUGUAUAGUGUCAAGCACUUAAAAUUGAUUUGGACCAUAGAUAUUCUGGAGCAGAACUCUACAUACUUUCAAGUAUUAAAGAUCUGGGACAUUUUACCAGGAUAUCAGAUACCAAAGUUGUCAAAGCAGAUUGACAUCCAUUUUGGUAAUUAUACAGUGGAUUUGAUGAAUCGUUGCAAAUGCAAGCGUGCUGAACGCGACUUAAUACUUCCAAUGACUUGGCCAAUUGAUGGAAAUGCUGUCUCAAGAACUAGCUCAGCUCAUGGUGAUCGAGACGAGAACUUGGCACGUCAACUGGCAGCUAUGAGUUUGAGGGAUAAACCAGGAUCUUCAAGAAGUUCCAAUAAUUUUCAGAAUUCCAAGAUGAAGAAACCAGGAACGUUCCGUGAAGUAAAACCAAACCUACUCGGCGAAGAUUUUAUGGAACGGUUUAUGCGCAACAAGUCCAACAGGAGACCUUAAAGUUUCAAUCUAAGCACAACUGCACAAGAGAGUUUGGAAUGGGGAUGGAUCUUGGUAUUCUUUGGUGCCUUUAUAUCAUGUCAUUUACUUCUUGAAUCGGCGCAUUUUGCUGUCAAGUUUAUUCCUUAAGUGUUUCAUUAAUGUUUAUUACAGCUAAAGUCUGUACAUAUAUUAUUAAUGGUUUGAGAUUUUAUGCUAUAUUUAGCCUGGUGUGCUCA